AUUUUGAGCGUGUCUGUCUUUACUCCUUGUUCCACUGAUAUAUAAAUACUGUCUGGGUCCACAUGACAGCACGACACUCCAGCCAGGCUCACACUGCUUAUAUCUCAUUAUCAAGAUGACCGUGUUACUACUCAACGUCCUGUAUCUCAUCCUACAUAUGGCAUCGAGCAGCCAACAUGAGACCAUUGUGACUCUCAUGCCAAAUGUACUUGUCGUCAAGGUGGAUGGAAAGGUCUUCACUGAGACGCAGGUCCCUCUGCGAUGUGGGGACUACCAGGACACAGAGGUGAUCUGGAGGAAUGGCAAGGAGCGUCUAGAAAACAAAGGGAACCAGAUAAAUGUGGAAGUGGUGGAGAUGAUGGGAGGGAACUACAGCUGCCACAACGCUGCUGGAGAUUACCUCAACCACACUCUGGUGUUGGUGCAGGACAUACCAUCACCCAACAGAAUGAGACGCGUCCUCCAGAAGUCACAUGACACAGAUGAGUACAUCAGAUGUUUGGCGAAAAAUUAUAGUGGAAUAUUUCAUUGCUCUUGGAAGAAGACCGAAUAUCGGAUGUCAGCAGCUGUUGUUUUUGUCCAAGUAGGACGCACCAUCUCUUGCUCCGAAGACAGUGAUGGUGAAGGCCUGACCUGUCAGGACCAGGACAGCUGCCCCUUUGCUGAGGAGUUGUCCCGCAUCAAACUCACUGUAUACUUCAGGACUAACUACCUCCUAGAGGACUACACCAUCACACCCUUCUACAUCCGAGAAAUAGUGAAACCAGACAAGAUCGACAUCACCAAGGUGGAGGGGAACACAUUUCAGUGGGGGUACCCAGCGACAUGGAGCCGCCCCUGCCCUUACUUCCCCCUCACGUUCCGAGUCAAAGUGGUCCAACACGAGGCAAGCUGUGACUCUAAGGAAAAGGUGUUUAUAAGUGAAACCAACAUAAAUGCAACAGAAUUCACUGUUCGUUCCAGCUACAAAAAAUAUUGUUUCUGCCUCGGGGCAAAGGAUGACCUGGUUGACUCCCAAUGGAGCCAGUGGACACGUUAUGAGGUGAAGAAUAAACCUAACAAACACUGACAGGUAAGGAAACCCAGAUUAAGACCGACAACAUACCAUCACUCAGCUUCAACCAAAACAUCCAAAAUAUGGAAUAGGCUGGUCAUUGUACAGGAAAUAAUAUUUGACAUUAUACUGAAGACAAGUUAUGAAAUGUAGCUAGUAUACCAUGUUUGUUGGGAUUUUUAUUUAUUUGUAAAAAUUCUGAAAUGUAAUUACACCAUUUAUUUAUGUUACUCAUCUCUUUUCCAAGACGGUUUUCAUUGCUGUAGCACGAAGAUGUUUGCUUAAAUAGACGCAAAAAUAAAAAGCUACUGCACACUGA